AAUAGAAACAAUUAGAAGAAAGAAACGACGCCCGUUCCGCCGAAUCGUCUCGUUAUUCAGUAAUCUUGCUCGGAGAGAGAGAGAGAGAGAAGAUGGAUGGAGAAGAAGGAGGAGGCAUAAGGCUGAGCAAGAGGUUCAACGACAACGGCGGCGGCGGCGAGGUCGAUUACAAGACGAAAUCUGGAACCGCGUGGAGCCACUCUUACCUGAACCAGAAGCCAUGGCACCCUCUCUCUUACCCGAACCAGCGCCGCAAGUGGAUCGCCGAGCAGACCCACGCCCACCGCCAGCGACGUUCCGAAGAGGUGGCGCGUGAGUACGCUCAGGAGCAAGAGUUCUUCCGCCAGACCAAUCUCAUCUCCAAGAAAGACAAGGAAAAGGUGGAGUUGAUGCAAGCUGUUAGCUUUAUGUAUGUUCGUCCUCCUGGUUACAACGCUGAGGCUGCCAAAGCUGCCGAGUUAGCUGAUGAGAAGAGAAAAGAGGAAUUGAGUAAUGGUGCUGGAGGACCCUCAUCCUCUUCAGUGCCACCGAGUUCCUUGCCUGACAAGGAUCAUUUAGGUGAAGAGAAGAAGAAGAAACCAAGGCCUAAAGAUGUUUUUGGUCGCCCUCUGCCAACCGAAGAAGAAUUUGAGAUUCUGAAAAAUGCACCAAAGCUGGAAACAGGAGUUGCUGGUAGGGUGAAACCUUUUGGAGUUGAGGUUCGCAAUGUAAAAUGUUUAAGAUGUGGGAACUACGGCCAUCAAAGUGGUGAUCGUGAAUGUCCCUUGAAGGAUGUUAUAAUGCCUAAUGAAGAGAGCAGAUUGAAAAGAGAUGACCCCUUGAAUGCUAUCCUCGCGCACACAGACCCUACUGAGCCUCUAAAAUGGGAGCUCAAGCAGAAGCCAGGAAUCAGUCCUCCUCGAGGAGGGUUCAAACCAGAUGAUCCCAACCAGCAGAUUGUUGCUGAGGAAAUAUUUGACGAGUAUGGAGGUUUUCUUGGUAUGGAUACUAUCCCUGAUCUGUUGACCAACUUCUCUAAGAAACCAAAGAAGUCCAAAAAGAGCAAGUGCAAGAAUCAGCAACUAAAUUCUGGAAGUGAGGGAUCUCUAGAUGAUGGAGAGAAGAGAUCAAAGAAGGUAAAGCUAAUCAAAAAGAAGAAAAAUCAUGUGUCGAGUUCGGCAGACACUUCAGAUCAUGAAAAGGAUCGAAGAAAGAGCAGACGCAAGAGUUCUUAUUCUUUAGAAGAUUCUGACAGGGACAAGUUUGACCAUAGCAAAAGGACUAAACAUGAGAUGCCCAAAGAUUCUUCUCGUCAUAGUCAUAAGAGUAAACAUGACAGACAAAGGCAUUCUUAUUCAAGUGAAGAUUCUGACAGUGACAGGGAUGACCAAAGUAGAAAGAAUAUACAAAAUCAUAAGAGGAAACAUGGUAGAAAAAGACAUUAUUAUUCAUCUGAGGAUUCGAAAAACAGUGAGAAACAUUGUUCAUCUGAUGAUUCGGACAGCGACAGAGAUGAUAAAAGGAGAAAGAUUAUACAAAAGCAUAAGAGAAAACAUAGCAGAAAAAGGCAUUCUAAUUCAUCGGAGGACUCUGGUCCUGACGAUCAUCAUGGAAAUGACAAGAGUAGGGACAAGAAUUCAAACUCCUCGGAUGAUUCUAAUCAUAGAAGGUGCAACCAUAGGAAGUCUUCAGCAGCCCAUCGAGAUUCCCAAAAGCAUAACAGAAAUGAUGAUUUUGAUCCCUACCACGGAAAACAGAAGAACAUGUCUAAGAAUUCAUAUUCAUCUGAAGAUUCAGAUGUUGACACAGUUGAUCGGAGUAGAAAGAUCGAACAAAAGGAUCGCUAUAUACCCGAGGGUUCUGAACAUCCUAGGCGCGAUGUGAGUAGGGAGAGAAGAAAAAAGGAUUACUAUUCAUCUAAGGAUUCUGGUGCUGACCGGUAUCACAGAUAUGAACAUUCUUAUUCAUCUGAAUCUGAUAGUUAUCAUCAUCAGAGGCAUUUGAGAAAGCAAGGUCACAAGCACCGGUAAGAUCAUUCUGAUUCUCAGAAGCAUCACAGAAAUGGUUAAAGUAGAUCAGGGAUUGGGAUGCCAAAAUAGUGAAGACCUCUUUAUCAUCACUAUGAUGAACGUAUUCAUUUGUUUGAUCCAUGUUUAGAUGUUCCUUUCCUUUGUUCUCCGAUCCUCUUAUAACAUUUGUGAUUUGUGUGCUAGGCCAAUGUAUAUUGUUACCUAUAGUUGCCUGCUUUAGUUACGCACGUGGAGGCUGAAUUCAAGCUUGUUUAACAUUUAAUCA